GUGGCUCCUUGUAAUGGCGACCGUGCCGUGGAUGCGCCGAGCUGUGUGAAAAUGAAGCGGAGAAGAAGUUAUAUCUAUUAAAGUGAAAACGCCGAGGUUCCCUCCCCAAGGAGGACUUUGCGUCUAAAAGCGUCGCCUUUGAACGUGGUCGACUUAGCCGUGCUUUUUGAACGUAAGUGCACCCCCUCGCGAUGAUGAAGCUCAAGUCAAACCAGACCCGGACGUACGACGGAGACGGCUACAAGAAGCGCGCUGCCUGCCUGUGCUUCAGGACCGAAUCGGAGGAGGAGGUGCUGCUGGUGAGCAGCAGUAGACAUCCCGAUAAGUGGAUAGUUCCAGGAGGGGGCAUGGAACCGGAGGAGGAACCUAACGUCGCUGCUGCUCGGGAAGUGUGUGAGGAGGCGGGCGUGAAAGGGACGCUGGGUCGCUUAGUCGGUGUGUUCGAGAAUCAGGAGAGGAAGCACAGAACCUUCGUCUACGUUCUCAUCGUGACGGAGGUGCUGGAGGAUUGGGAGGACUCGGUCAACAUUGGGAGGAAAAGGGAAUGGUUUAAAAUAGACGAUGCCAUCCAAUUGUUGCAAAGUCACAAGCCCGUGCAGGCCACCUACUUCGGGGCUCUCCAAGAGAGCUGCCUGACCAGCAACGGGACCCCAUUGGUGGCCACGAUAAGCGGGGAGCUCUCCCCGGCCUACAGCAUCACCCAGAGCUCCGUCUCGGAUAUCAGAUAACUAAAAAGCAGAACUGAACAGCACCCCAACACCAACCGCCGCCCUUACACCCUCCACGUCGGGAGCUUUUGGCCACCACACGCGUUCUUACUCUUCUUCUAAUCUUGUCCGCUUUGCCUUGCCAACUCCUCGGCACCGCAGACCAGAUGACGAGUGUCGGCGGAAACACUUUGUACAUUUUUGACCUCUUUUUCUUUUCUUUUUACCAAAACCUCAUCGCAUGCAAACACAAACCCCCCCCCCCACCCCCCCCCCCCCCCGCGAUGCACCCGUAGCGUGUUAAUUGAAUGCAAGAAGUACUUUUUACUGUCGUCACGUAAAAGUGUGUAUCUCUCGUGCUUAAAACUGAAAGGCUUUUGGUGGUCCUUUUUCUUUUUUAAAAUGGCGUCCCUUCCUUUUUCUACAUUUUUCUUUCUCUACCCCCACUUUUCUGCUCCUUUAAUUGUGCUCGUCUCACUCUUGCACGGUGCACGUUCACUCCAAAAAGCGAGUGAAAGAAUGUCAACCUCGCUUGGCCUCUCGUGACUUUUUCCUGGUUAUUUUUAAGAGCGCUCUCCUGUGACUAAAAUGUCUUCCGCCGCACGCCGAGGGUCAAACGACAUUUCAAAAACCACAUAUCCCGUUUUCCCUUCCUGUUCGGUUUGCUUUAAUUGUUUACAUGACAGGUGAGUUUUUCCGGAGGGUCAACUCACUCAGUGCCGUUGACGGUUAAUAAGUUAAGCUAGUCACAAGGAGUCAUGCCAUGUCUAAUCCAUUUGGACUGAGAGCCCUUCUUGUGACUAGCUUAGCUUAGCUAACCACCAUCUAUCGAGUCAAUCUGCACCCCAUCUAAUUUGACAUUGAAAGUAAGAGAUGCAGCGCAAACAAGCCUUGUACAGUGUGAUACUUUGUUUUUAACAUGUCAAAUGCUUUUUCUUUGGUUUUUUUGGAUACUAGUUUUUUUGUUUCUU